GUAUCAAUAUUUCAGGUGUGGGCAACAGUUGCAGAGCUAGAAAAUGCUGUUCGUUUAUUCAGACAGUUGUCUGCUGCUUCCAGCCUUCACAUCCAUGGAUUUGAUGAGAAAAAAAUUGAUACCCAUGUUGAGUAUUGUAGUCGCUUGAUGCUGCGAGAGUUCACUUCAAAGCAGCUGAGCAUGAGGAGCAGAAGAUCAAGCACAAACAAGAAGUUGCUCGUCAAAUGGCAUUGGCUGAGGAGGCCCGUCGUAAGGCUGAGGAACAGAGGAAAUUCCAGUUGGAGAGAAGAAUGCAAGAGGAUGAACUAAAGCGUGUGAGACACAGGAGGAGCAAUUUGCACGCAUAAAGGUGAGGAUAAGAAUUUCAUCGUGCUGAUUCUCAGAACUUUGGGCAUCUUCAGGAGCAAUGGAAGAGCAGUACACCAGGUUCUAAGCGAAGGGAAAGGUCAGAAAUGGACGAUGAGAGGGCAGGCAUAGUGAAAAGAGACGAAGAAAGGGUGGCAAGAGGAGAAAGAAGGACAAGCACUCAACAUCACGCUAUGAAAUGGAGGGAGCAGAAGCUGAGAUGAUGGAUGAUCAGGAAGAACCGGAAGAUGAAGAUGCCAACAUGAAUUACGGGGAGCCCACGGGUCAGAUGAAUGAGCAGGAUGAUGAAGAGAAUGUUCAAGAUCCUCUCGCAGCGGCUGGGCUUGAAGAUUCUGACGCUGACGAGGAGGCUGCACAAUCCACAGCUCGACGAAGGCGGGCAUUUUCAGAAUCUGGUGAUGAUGAGCAACCAGAGCAACAACCGGAGUCCAGUCCUGUCAGAGAGAAUUCUGCCGAGUUACAGAGUGACGGAGAAGGAAGAGAAGGUAGCACCGUGGCAGUGAUAAGCUGAAUGGAGACACCGAUCUUAACGAUGAGGAUUAAGAUCCCUUCAUUAUGUUGAGCUCUACAAGAUCAGCGGUAAAUAUGUCUUAAAUUUUGAAC